ACUGUCGGAACUUAGCAUCGUAACAUCCAGCGGAAGUAAACAAUACAAGCGGUGGGUGGUGUCUUUGACUGUGUUCAUGUGUUGAAUGAGCUGGGAUAGUGAGUCGUUGUCGUAGCUGCAAAGCUAAUUGUUGAAGUUUGUAAUUACACAACAAUGUCUUCAGUUGAGCGCCUGAGAGAGUUUGUCAAUGAGCGACUAACUGCUGCUGCUCAGGAAAUAUUCGGAGUUUUUAAAAGAGCAAUCGUCGAGUACGAGGAAGAGAUCAAUCGUCAGCGCAGACUGCUGGAUAUCAUUUGGAAACCUGAAAUAAAGUUACACAGAAUAGAGCUCUCAGGGCAACAUGAUCGUACCAAGGAGGAGGAGGUGGAGGAUUUUACUGACCAACAUCUCUAUCACCAGGAGAGGAAGUCCAGUCUGGACUUAAAAGACCCAGAGUCCCCACACAUUAAAGAGGAACAGGAGGAACUCAGUAUCAGUCAGGAGCGCGAGCAGCUUAUACCGAAGCAGGAGGCUGAUACCUUUAUGUUGACUCGUACUUAUGAGGGAAGAGAGGUCAGUGAACCACAACCAAAACGUGACCUCCAGCUCCUCUACAGCAGCUCACAUGUUGCUGCAAACAAAAAUCAGAAAGGAAACAAUUGUGGAAGACCCAUUCGAAACGUAGAGCAAAAACCGAAGAAAAGACAUUACAAAAGUGCAAGUCACAGUAAUGAUGUAUACAACUCCAACCUGUCAGAGAUUCACUGUAAUAAUCACAUGGGUAAGAAGUCUUUCAAAUGCGUAACUUGUGGAAAAGAUUUUAAGUACAAGUCCAAAUUCAUUGUACACCUGAGAGUCCACACAGGUGAGAAGCCCUAUUGUUGUGACGCAUGUGGGAAAAGGUUCUGUCAGACAUCAGGCCUGAAUGCCCAUAUAAGAAUCCACACGGGCGAGAAGCCUUAUUCUUGUGACACAUGUGGGAAAGAUUACCGGUUUGGUAGUGAGUUGAAAGCUCACAUGAGAAUGCACACAGACGACAAGAGUCCAAAAAGACAGCAACCACUCUAGAAACAGACUGUUCGAUCUCCUGCUGUCUGUGAAGUGAUACCGAAGUAUCUGCCGCAAUACAGCCAGACUACAAGACCGGCUGCUUUCCCCAGGCUGACUCCUCAAUUCAUCCUCUGCCCUUCACCACAAAAUAAUUUUAUUUUUACUAUUUAUUCAUGUAUAUUUAGAAUUUUGUUUAGUGAGUGACAUAAAGGGACUACAGCCAUCAUUUCCUUGAGCAAUCCUGUGUUUAGGGACGUAUGAAUAAAAUGCAGGAAGGUUUUCAGACUUAAUGGCGCCUUGAGAGGAGCUGACUCUGGCGGGAAGCUUAACUUUUGGUGCUUAGAGUAUAUAUUGAUGCAAGUACUUUUUCUUGUUAUGGUUUGGUUUUAACUGUAGUAUUGCCACUCUUAGCAAGUAAAAGAUCUGAGUGUUUUGACCACUGAACCGGACUACGGCUCCACCACACAGCAUUAAAUGAUACACAGUUUAACCUGGUGAAAAGUAUGUCAGAUGAGUGUCCUGAAUUUUAAAAUUACAGAGAAUGGAGAACACAUGCCAGAAGUAUAACAAAAAAGACCAAGCCUGGCUCAAAAACUGGACGGACAGGAAGGGUAUGGCACUGUGUGGGUAUUCUGGGAACAAAAGGAGACGAGGUACAGCAGUGAUUUCCAGCCAGCGGUACUUGGAAAGGCUGUAGAGAAGCUAAUUUGAAAAAAUGUCAGCUAUAACAAUUAAUUUAGGUGUUGUUGCAAGUAAGAGUGCAUGAAAACUAGUGAGAAAGCAAGCAGAGGAGAUUAAAUAGUUUAAAGUAAUGGAUAAACUAUUGAAGUUAGUCACUGUAAGUAGAUAAGUGGCUUCGGUCUAAGUUUUGCCACUUCACACAAUAGUGGGAAAGUACAAAAGUGGGACAAUAUAAGGAGGUGUGUGUCGUGUGUGUGUAAAUGAAGCCACCAAAAUAACUGAGUGACAACAUAAUCUCGCUUUGAGGCACAGACAUAUUCAGAUUAAUACUGGAUUCUCAUAUACAGCUGGUGCCACCUGGUGGCUGUAGAAAAGAACACACAGUGUCAAUUACCUGAGAACUUAAAACCAUUUUUUCUCAAUACGAGGAUGAAAAGUCAUCAGGAAAAUUGAACUGGUCCAGCAAAGCAGCCACUACUCAAUGAAUGUGAUUAUAUGCAGUGUUCACAGUGUUGUCCUUACGGUAAUAA